AUGGACGUGAACGCCUUACGGGACCGUAUCCAGUCAACUCUUGACGCGAACGCAGACACACGUCGACAGGCAGAGCUGGAUCUUAAAUAUGCCGAAACUCAGCCCGGAUUUACAGGUGCUUUGCUUGAUAUUUUGCAGGGGGAACAAAACAACGCUGUCCAACUUUCUGCCGUUGUUUACCUGAAAAACCGCAUCAACCGAGGAUGGGCGCCUUCUGAAGACAACACCACCUCUAAAAAGAUCCCCGAAGAAGAGCGUCCUGCACUCAGAGAUCGACUCAUCCCGAUCCUCGCCGCGUCCCCUCCAAAUGUUCGUGCGCAGUUCAUACCACUCAUCACUAAGAUCCUCUCAUAUGAUUUCCCUGAAAAAUGGCCCGGUUUCAUGGAUAUCACCCUACAACUUUUGAAUACCAACGAUGCGAACUCCGUAUUUUCAGGAUUGCAGUGUCUGUUGGCAAUUUGCAAAGUGUACAGGUUCAAGGCGAAUGAUAAGCGGGGCGAAUUCGAUAAGAUUGUGGAACACUGCUUUCCUCAACUUUUGAAUAUCGGUAAUAGAUUAGUGGAUGAGGAGAGUUUGGAAGCUGCGGAAAUGCUGCAUACGGUUGUCAAGGCUUAUAAGCAUGCGAUUUAUUUUGAACUUCCGCCGCACCUCAAAUCCCACCAGGCUACUGUCGACUGGUGCACCUUGUUCUUGAGAAUAGUAGCCAAAGCACCUCCGGCCAACUCUAUGCUCGAAGAUCCUGAGGACCGAGAGACCAACCAUUGGUGGAAGUGCAAAAAAUGGGCCUAUGGAAAUCUGAACCGAUUGUUUGUCAGAUAUGGAAACCCUACAUCAAUCACCAAAAACACAUCGUCCGAUGUUACGAACUACGCGAAGUCGUUCAUCACCACGUUCGCUCCCGAAAUCAUGCACGGAUACUUGCAGGAGAUCGAGAAAUGGGUCAAAGGUCAAUGGCUCAGCAAACCCGUCCUUUCGUAUACCCUAAUUUUCCUUGAGGAAUGUGUGAAGCCGAAAUCGACCUGGGAUCAUUUGAAACCCCACAUGGACACUCUGAUUGCGCAUCUUGUUUUCCCUCUUCUCUGCCAGACCGACGAAGAUCUCGAGCUUUUCCAGACGGAUCCCCCUGAGUAUCUGCACAGAAAACUCAACUAUUACGAGGAAAUUUCCGCUCCAGAUGUGGCUGCCACCAAUUUCCUGAUUUCGCUCACGAAGAGCCGGAAGAAACAGACCUUCUCAAUCCUACAGUUCGUUAACGGCAUUGUCAGCAAAUAUGAAAGCGCACCGGAUGCGGAGAAGAUUCCUAGAGAAAAAGAAGGAGCUUUGAGAAUGAUUGGAUCCUUGUCCUCAGUCAUCCUGGGUAAAAAGAGUCCGAUUGCUGACCAGGUCGAAUACUUUUUUGUUCGUCACGUUUUCCCCGAGUUCCGAAGCCCUCAUGGUUUCCUCAGGGCUCGUGCUUGUGAUACAUUGGAGAAGUUUGAACAGCUAGACUUCAAGGAUCCAGCAAACUUGAUGAUCAUCUACCGCAAUAUCUUGGAAUCCAUGGCUGAUCCUGAAUUGCCCGUCCGUGUUGAGGCCGCUCUUGCAUUACAACCUCUGAUUCGCCAUGACACUAUCCGUCAAUCAAUGCAGCAAAAUAUCCCUCAAAUCAUGCAGCAGUUGCUGAAGUUGGCCAACGAAGUCGACGUUGAUGCUUUGUCAAAUGUUAUGGAGGACUUUGUUGAGGUCUUUUCUGCGGAGCUUACACCCUUCGCAGUGGCUCUGAGCGAGCAAUUACGUGACACCUAUAUGCGAAUCGUUGGGGAACUUCUUGAGCGCCAGGCCUCCAAGACUGACGAAGACGCGUACGGGGACUUCCUAGACGACAAGAGCAUCACUGCUUUGGGUGUUUUGCAGACGAUUGGAACGCUCAUCCUCACUUUGGAGAGCACUCCAGAUGUUUUGUUACAUUUGGAAACUAUUCUGAUGCCUGUCAUCAGCAUUACUCUAGAGAACAAACUCUACGAUUUGUACAAUGAAAUAUUCGAGAUUAUCGAUAGCUGCACAUUCUCUGCUAAGAGCAUUUCACCAACCAUGUGGCAAGCUUUCGAGCUUAUCCACAAGACAUUCAAAGCGGGCGCAGAGCUUUAUUUGGAGGAUAUGCUACCUGCGCUGGACAACUUUGUUUCAUAUGGAUCCGAAAUGCUGGUUCAGAAUCCCGCCUAUCUCGCCGCCCUCGUUAGCAUGGUAGAGGAUAUCUUCCAUGACGACAAGGUCGGAGGUGUUGAUAGAAUAUGUGGCUGCAAACUCGCAGAGGCCCUGAUGUUGAACCUUCGCGGAUAUGUCGAUCAAUAUGUUCCAAUCUUUGUUGAGCUUGCAAUGAACGUGAUCAACAGCGGCGACGCCAAGACCAAGUCAUACCGGGUUCAUCUCAUGGAAAUGGUCAUCAAUGCUAUCUACUACAACCCGGCGUUGACUUUGCAGAUCCUCGAAGCCAAGGGUUGGACGAACAAGUUCUUUAGCGCAUGGUUCUCGAAUAUUGACAGUUUCCGACGCGUCCACGAUAAGAAAUUGUCUAUUGCAGCCAUUAGCUCUCUUUUGACAUUGAAAGUGGAGGAUGUACCUGUUAGCGUUCAGCAGGGCUGGCCUCGGUUGUUGCAGGGGGUUACGAGACUCUUCCAGACGUUGCCUGCAGCUCUUCAGCAUCGCGAAGCUGCCACCCGAGAAUCAGAUUAUACAUAUGACGAUGAUGAGGAUGAUCUCGUCGAUGAGGAUACCGAGUGGGAUGGUGAGGUUGAAUGGAACGAUCAAGACGAAGCUGAGGGUGGAGGUGACGAUGAUGUUGCUGACGAGAAUGCUGCUUAUUUGGAUUUCCUGAGUCAAGAGGCACAAAAGUUUGGUUCUUUCGCAGACGACGAUGACGAUGACUUGGAUGAAGAGAGUCUCCUCGAAACACCUCUCGAUAAAGUUGAGCCAUACGGCCUAUUCAAAAAUGUGAUGCUUGGCCUACAACAAGGACAACCGCAAUUAUAUGAAAAUUUGACCAAGAUCUUGACUCCGGAAGAACAGCAAAUCAUACAGUCCGUAUUCCAAGAGGCUGAUAAAGUCGAUGCUGCCAUUGCUGCUAGUUUAGCGAAUGGUGGUAAUUGAAUAGACGGCCUUGAAUGAGAUACGAUUCUUUUUCUCUUUCCCUUGGCGUUGUUUGUAUUGUUGAUCUGUCGGAUAUUUUGUAAAAUCUUGAUUUUUCCCAAAGGUUGUAUAAAUUCAAGAUCAAAAUGCCCCUUUUAUAUCCCUGUCACAUAUCCCCCUCCCCCCCCCACCCACUUUUCAUUCUAUGUUCGUCAUGACACGCAUCUCACCCAACAUAUAUACUUCCCCCUUUGAUACGACAUCUGGUCUCCAUCUUCAACAGUAAUGGAUCACCACUUCUACAGAUUCCCUCACUAAUUCCAAUUUUUACUUCUUCCAAAAGAUUCGCUCGAGUCAAGUCGAUUCUCGUACUGGAUCAAGAUUCAAAAGAUUUCCCCAUGUGUUGACUAGAUAGUGCCACAUAGCAAUCAUGACUAUACAUUCAUCCAUCUUCUAAGCAAGCAAAUACCAUGAAGGUAAUAUUCCAUAAAUGAUGUUUUCAUGUCAUUUCAUUCCAUCAUUAAGAUUCAAUCCCUGAAUACAUUCAAAGAAAAUAAUCCAUCUCUAUCCUCCUUUCAUCGAUCAUAUCAUCAAAUAACCA